AUGUCUACAGAAGCUGCUCCAAUAGAUGUCACAGGAAAUGGCGAUUUGAUGAAAUACAUCAUCAGAGAAGGUACAGGCCAACAAGCUAAGAAGGGAGAUAAGUGCUCAGUUCAUUACGUCGGAACAUUAGAAUCCGAUGGCAGCAAGUUCGAUAGCUCCAGAGAUCGUGAUGAGCCAUUCGAAUUCACAAUCGGUCAGGGUGUCAUCGAAGGCUGGUCCCUCGGUGUUGCUACAAUGAAGGUUGGUGAACUUUCAAAGUUUGUUAUCAAGUCUAAUCUUGGUUACGGUGCUGCUGGCUCUCCACCAAAGAUUCCAGGAGGUGCUACACUCGUCUUCGAGAUCGAGCUCCUUGAAAUUGUCGUUGAGAAGACAAAGGAAGAAGUUAUUGCAGAAGCUAACGCUCUUUGCGAUGAAGCUAACAAGAAGUUCCGUGAAGGUGACUUCGCUGGUGCUCGUGAUGCUUACCACCAUGCUCUUCAUAAGAUUGCUAGGCAAUACGGCUCAGAUAUUGACCAACUCAAGGUUAAGUUCAACAACAACCUUUCCCUUGCUCACGCUAAGCUUUCAGAAUGGGGUGAAUCCCUCCACCAUGCUGAAUCUGUCCUUCAAACAGAAGAAAACAACGUCAAGGCUCUUCUUCGUAAGCUCGAAGCUGAAAUUCACCUCGACCACCUUACUGAGGCUAAGGAAACCCUCAAGAAGGGCUUAGCUGCUUCCAAGAAUGACAAGGUCUUCCAGGCAAUGGGUGAAAAGAUCAAGGAAGCUGAGAAGGCUGCUGCUAAGGUCCAGGAUAACCUCUUCGCUAAGAUGAUGGGCAAGAAAUAA